UUACCGACAGGGACGGUCACGUCGCGCGCGCCAAACACAAUAAAACAAGUUAUUUAACCUUAAAUACUACAAAAACUAUAAUUCUCAGUUAUUUUAAAGUGUUUAAGUGUAACUAAAAACAUUAAACAGUGGUUUCGAGUGUGUUUUAUAGUGAUUUUGACUGUAAAAUAUCCAUUGUUCUGUGGUUAACUUCGAAAUUGUUGUAAACAAUGAUUGCUUAGUUAUAAUGGAAGACGUGUACACAAUUAAAGUCAAAACUAAACCCGAUACAAGGAACUUGUAUCCGUCUGAGAGGCGGUAUUCUGCGUCCACAGUGUCAGGGCUGGCUUGGGUGCAUAUUGCAUUGGCUGCAACGUCCUUUCUUCUCGCCUGCCUAGCGUUAGUCAGCCCGAAUUCCAACGUACACCCAUCAAACAACAUCACACAAGAAAAUACCAUACUCCAAAGCGAAAACACGCCAAUCUUAUUACAAAAUGAAAACACAAACGGCUCGCUUUACGAAAAUGAUUUCGAUAAUGAGACACAACUAAAUUCGGUAAACGAAACGAAUUUAAAUUCAAGUGUCAACGGAAAUCCGUUAAAUACGAAUGGAACAACAACGGAAUUUAACGGAAAUGAGACGGAUAGUAAUUAUAUUUUGGUUUUAGCGCCGGCUUUGAUCACGGUAUUUGGUUUGGCUGCGGGGGUAGCAAGCAUAUUGGCAUCUGUGAGGUGGUACAUAGACCAUAACAUCACCUGGCUAUUUGUCAUAUCAUGCCUCUCAUCCUUGAUCUCUCUCACUUCUUUCAUCAUGAUUACUGUCUGGUUCAUCACGACAUCAGACGGGGACAUCACAGAGUUCUACAAGGACAAAGUCCCUUUCAAAGACUAUUUUGUAGUCAAACACAGCGAUAUUAUAACCAAGAAUGAAUCCCACAUGAUCGUCGCAUUAAACACACGCACGGAACCCGAAGAAACGCCGAAUUUAUUCACGAAACGAGUGCUUUCAAUAAACAUAUUAAUUGCAGCCUUUUUAGAACUUCUAUGGUCUAUUCUAAGUGUGAAAAUAGCUUAUAAAGGCAUGAAAAACACUUAUAAAGAUGACAAUGAACGGAGAGGUAAUUGCAUAUCUGUUGUGACAAAAAUAAAGGGGAAUGAUACAAGGAAGAUGCCACGAAAUGGAAAGCUUCUACCACCGAAACCAGACUUAAUUGAUCACUACCCAAGUAAGAAAAUUAAGAGGAUCUUCCUAGCACAGUCUGAGAACGGAUUCUAUUUGAAAAAUGAAGGGAAUAAGGCGAAACAGAAUACAGAAACAAGCUCAGAAUUUUACAAAGAAAGGAUGAUGAACUUUCUGAAUAGAUGCGCGUCUUUAGAAGGCAUGUCUAACAUAGAAAAUACUUCUAGCGUACAUUCUGAUGCUUUGAACCCAAUCCCUGAAGGAAUAACGGUGGAAGCUGCUUCUCCAGAGCCACUUCCUGAGCUAAAAGACCGUAUGACGCCCGUCAGCUGGGGAGACUCCCCUGACCAUACGAUCUAUAACCAAAAUACACUGAAUUUGGACAAAAUAUUCAAGUUUAAGCCGACUCAAAAUAAAAGUGAGUGUGAUAAUGAAUAGUGCGUGCUAAAUAAGUGAAAUUGACAAUUUUUCGUGACAUGUGGACACGCAAACGCUUUGUGAUUAGUUCGUGUAUUUUUGUAUUGUUUUGUUUAAGCCUCGUAUUCAUGGUAAACAUUUUGCUUAGCAACAGUUGAUCAAUGUUGUUGAUGAAUAGCGAGAAUGCUGCUGGAAACUUUGUUUAAACUAAUAUAAACUGAUGUUUUCGCUCGCCGGGCGUCAACUCUGCAGCAUGGCGCGAUCAACUCCGCAACAUAAGUGUUGCCCGCAACAUGUUUAUGCAACCAUGUUGCUAAACAAAAUGUUUACCAUGAAUACAAGGCUUUAGAAACAGUCUUCUCCUAAUUUUUGGGGA